AUGGUAAACUCUUCAGCUUUGUCUGGCAAUGGCACCGAACCCCGAGAGAACUUGUACCAAAGCAAGUUUGUUUACAUUGCUGGCAUCGCAGAGAUGGUUGUUGUGAUAUUGCUAAUUUUAUGUUUCUGCAUCUUCAUUUGCUUUAACGCAUUGAUUCUCAAUGUCUACUUCACCACUCCGCACAUUCAAGAACAUGCCCGCUAUGUGCUCUUUGUUCACAUGCUUAUUACUGAUAUAUUAUAUCUAAUAGCAUCAAUCAGUCUGUUUCUGGCUGCGCUUUAUGCAGUAUACAUCACUGUGCCCAUCUGCUACCCCAUACUCAACCUUGCAGCUUUGACAUUCAGGAUAACGGCAUGCAACUUGGCAAUCAUGGCUCUGGAACGAUAUGUAGCCAUCUGUUAUCCACUUAGACAUUUUCAGUUUUGCAAUGCCCAUCGAGCUAACACUUCAAUAAUCCUGAUGUGGGUUGUCGGGGUCGUGCCCAAUGUAGCUGACUUCUUUGCCAUGCAAUCCACAGUCGAGCAAUAUUUUUUUUUUCGCAAUGUAAGAUGUAACCUUUCUAUUUUAUCAGUAAAUUCAUUGCAAAACACCAUAAGGACUCUUACCUUUAUUUCCACCUUCACUCUAGUGGCAUUGACCAUUGUUUUCACAUACAUAAAGGUUAUGCAAGUUGCCAAGAAAGUUGGCUCAGGGACAUCUAACGCUUCCAAAGCUGGUAGAACUGUCAUGAUGCACGCCAUUCAGCUCUUGUUGUGCAUGACUGCCUUCAUCUCUACAGUUUCAGAGACCUACCUAAGAGAUUCUCCUGCCAUCUUGCUUACAUUAAACUUCCUGCUUUUUACAUGUUUGCCAAGGUUUCUAAGUCCGGUGAUCUACGGAGUAAGAGAUGAAGUGUUCCAUAAAUAUAUUAGAAAAUUCUGCUAUUUCAACCUUUAA